AUGUCCUUGCCUGACAAGAUUGGCGUCCUGAAUGGAUUGAGUUAUCUUCACGACGAAACAAGGCAUGUACAUCGCAAUAUCACACCAAACAAUAUCCUUAUCAUGAGCACACCUGAUCAGCCUGUUAGGUGGCGUGAAGUUAAAAUUACAGACCUCAUGUUUGUAAGAGGUAUAGAGCACGGAGAUUAUGAGAAAGUCGAUGAAGUCGAUGGCGCACUAAGUUUCAGGGCACCUGAAGUUUUCCACGGUAUAAGAUGUUUUGCUCAAGAUAUAUGGGCAUUUGGGUAA